AUGCGGGCGGCGGCGGGGGGCGCGCGGGCGGCCGCGCUGGCGCUGCUGCUGGGGGCGCUGCACGGGGCGCCGGGGCGCGGCGAAGAGUACGACUACUACGGCUGGCAGACCGAGCCGCUGCACGGGCGCUCGUACUCCAAACCACCCCAGUGCCUCGACAUCCCCGCCGACCUGCCGCUCUGCCACACCGUGGGCUACAAGCGCAUGCGGCUGCCCAACCUGCUGGAGCACGAGAGCCUGGCCGAGGUGAAGCAGCAGGCGAGCAGCUGGCUGCCGCUGCUGGCCAAGCGCUGCCACUCGGACACGCAGGUCUUCCUCUGCUCGCUCUUCGCGCCCGUCUGCCUCGACCAGCCCAUCUACCCUUGCCGCUCGCUGUGCGAGGCCGUGCGCGCCGGCUGCGCGCCGCUCAUGGAGGCCUAUGGCUUUCCCUGGCCCGAGAUGCUGCACUGCCACAAGUUCCCCCUGGACAACGACCUCUGCAUCGCUGUGCAGUUCGGGCACUUGCCCGCCACCGCGCCUCCAGUGACCAAGAUCUGCGCCCAGUGUGAGAUGGAGCACAGCGCUGAUGGCCUCAUGGAGCAGAUGUGUUCCAGCGACUUCGUGGUCAAAAUGCGCAUCAGAGAGAUCAAGAUAGAGAACGCGGACCGGAAGCUGAUUGGAGCCCAGAAAAAGAAGAAACUGCUCAAGCCGGGCCCCCUGAAGCGCAAGGACACCAAGAGGCUGGUGCUGCACAUGAAGAACGGCGCUGGCUGCCCCUGCCCACAGCUGGAGAGCCUGGCCGGCAGCUUCCUGGUCAUGGGCCGCAAAGUGGACGGACAGCUGCUGCUCACGGCUGUCUACCGCUGGGACAAGAAGAACAAGGAGAUGAAGUUCGCGGUCAAGUUCAUGUUCUCCUACCCCUGCUCCCUCUACUACCCGUUCUUCUAUGGGGCCGCAGAGCCCCACUGAAGGGCACUCCUCCCUGCCCCACCCAGCCAGCUGUGCCUCGUCUCUGUCUCCACCCCUGGGGCGCACUCUCUCCUCCUGCCCACCUGGCCUCCCCCUACUCCCAGGCUGACCCAGCCCCUGCCGGAGGGUGGUUCGUGCAGAGCUGCUACCAGCACAGGCACUAAGGGAUGGACAUGGAGCCAGGUUGUCCUUGACCGAGGGGUUCUGGGGUCCUUGAAGGUUUCCGCCUAUAGGAGCAGAGGUUUCUCAGUUGGGAGAAAGUAGGCAGAGAGAAAAGAGAGCUCUAAGCAGCCUGAGGAGGUGGUUUCCAGGAUAGCCGGUGGUGUCAGCUCCCCUCUGUUGGCGGUGGGGCCUCGCCUGGGAGAGGGAAGUCCUGGUAUUAGGCUGAGCUACUUGAGGGACAGUUCUUGGCCCCCAGGGCCCCUUCACGUGUCCUCAUUGUAGCCCCCCCAAAAGGAAAGGGUCACAGUGCCCUCCAGGCACGCCUCCCCUCCUUCCCCGUCUCUGCCCGUUUCCCUUCCCGCUGGACCGGAGAGAAGCCCAGCCCAGCCCCGCUCCCAGACGCGCACUCCUCAGCCUCCGCAUGUCCCUUUUAUCCUGAUGACCAGUAAAUUACUGCUACUGCUGUGAGGCCAUAGAUACUAGACUGAUGCAGGUAGGGUUUGGUUUUCUGGUUUUUUUUAAAG